CACGUCAUUAAAGGCAACUCUGGGCGGCAGUUGAGAUGAAAAGAGAAGGAAGCAACUUCUGAGGUUUGACUUUACUUCUUUACUUCAGAGGAGCUGAGGGAUGCAGAAUGGGAAACUGGUUUUCAACUGGCCGGGCUCUGGUUCCAUCACAGUAUGCUGAAACUCAGAGGGAAGCCGGAAGCACGACACUCACCGCUCAGAAUGGAAGUAUUGUCAACAAACCUGAGUUUACUGGUAUUCAUGCGAAAAGGGAUACUAAUCUAACCGUCAAUGUCAACAACACAUAUGUCCACUCUCCUGACAGGACAGACAAGACGAAUGCUGUUUCUCCCAAAACCGAAGGAAACAUCCAAAGGUGCCAAGCUGAACUAAAAUCUUACCUUAAAAACAGAACAAAGAAUCUGUCUCAAGUAACAAAGGAAGAUGGAUCAUCAACUGCUUUAAACAAAAUCUAUACAGAGCUUUAUAUCACAGAGGGAGGCAGUGGGGAGGUUAACAGCGAACAUGAAGUGAUUGAUUUAGAAUGUAGAAGGCGUACAAGUGAGGAGAGGAAAAUCGAUCUCAAUGACAUUUUUAAACCUUUAUCAAACGAAGAGAACCCUCCACAGAGAGUUCUGACGAAGGGAAUCGCUGGCAUUGGAAAAACUGUUGCUGUGCAGAAAUUCACUCAGGACUGGGCAGCUGGAGAAGCCAACCAAACUACUCAGUUCAUAUUUCCAUUCACAUUCAGAGACUUGAAUUUAAUAAAAGAUAAGUGUUGGAGUCUUAUGACGUUAAUAAAUCACUAUUUUGACGAAGUAAAAGAUUUGGAAACGUCAGACUACAAAAAUUCAAGUGUUUUGUUCAUCUUCGACGGCCUGGACGAAAGCAAAUUCCCUCUGGACUUUAAGAAAAAUGAGACGUGCCGAAAUGUUACAACGACGACAACAGUAGAUGUCCUAUUAACCAACUUAAUCAAAGGGGAACUGCUGAACAAAGCUUCAGUCUGGAUCACAAGUAGACCGGCUGCAGCCACUAAGAUUCCCUCUGAGUUCAUCAACAGGGUGACCGAGGUACGAGGCUUUAAUGAUGAGCAGAAGGAGGAGUACUUUCAAAAGAAAGUUAGUGACAAGGUUAUGGCUCAGAAGAUCUUCGAUCAUCUUCGGUCAAAGCCGUUGAGAAGUCUCUACAUCAUGUGCCACAUCCCAGUGUUCUGUUGGAUUUCAGCUACAGCUCUCCAGAGUCUCCUAACAGAAACUCACAAAGGUGAGUUGCCCAAGACUGUGACUGAAAUGUACACACACUUCCUGAUCAUCCAGACAAAGGUGAAACACCAGAAGGCUUAUCAGGAAGGUGAAACAGACAAAGAUCUGAUCAUGAAAUUGGGAAAGCUGGCAUUUGAACAGUUACAGAAGGGCAACAUAAUCUUCUAUGAAAAUGACUUGAAAAGUUGUAAAAUUGGUCUGGAACAAGCUGCAGUUUAUUCGGGAGUUUGUACAGAGAUCAUAAGAAAAGAAUAUGGUCUUUACAAACAAGAGGUUUACUCUUUUAUACAUUUAAGUGUUCAGGAGUUUCUUGCGGCUCUUUAUGUAUUAGAGACCUUCAUAGAGUGUGGAGACAAUCUGCUUCCCAGCCAGACAAGAGUGAAAGUGGUGGCAGAGAAAGGAGAACUUCCUGUCAUCCUCCUCCACAAGAACGCGGUGGAUAUGGCUUUGGUCAGCAAAUAUGGACAAUGGGACUUGUUCCUGCGCUUCCUGAUCGGUCUGUCAAAGGAUAAAAAUCAGGAGCUUCUUCAGAAAGUAUUCGGAUUUAAAGGAAGACGUCCACAGAGCAACCAGGAGACAAUCACGUACGUUCACGAGAAGAUCAAGAAACUGUCUUACACCGACAAGAGUAUCAAUCUAUUCCACUGUUUAAAUGAGUUGGGUGACCAGUCUCUGGUAGAUCAAGUCCAAAAGUACCAGAGGUCAGGAGAUGUUAGUAAAAUCUCACCUGCACAUUGGUCAGCUCUGGCCUUUCUGCUGCUUGUCGCCAAUGACGAGCUGGAUGUCUUUGACCUGAAGAACUACUACAGAUCAGAUGAAGUUCUGGAGAGGCUGCUGCCAGUGCUCAGAGCAUCAAAGACAGCUUUGCUGAGUGACUGUAACCUUACUGACAGAUGUUGCAAGUAUAUUUCAUCAGUUGUCAGCUUGGAGUCUUGUGGUCUGGAGGAGUUAGACCUGAGCAGAAAUAACCUGCAGGACUCUGGAAUGAUGCUGCUCUCUGACGGUCUAAAAAGUCCCAACUGCAAACUCCAGAGACUCUGUUUGAAAGAAUGUAGCAUUACAAAAAAGGGAUGCCAAUCUUUGGCCCGUGGUCUGGCUUCAAACCCGUCCCACCUGAGAGAGCUGGAUCUCAGCAUGAAUAAAUUUCAUGAUGAAGGACUGGAGCGUCUUUCAGAAGUUCUCAACAAAUGCUCUUUGGAAACACUCAGGUUACGUGAGUGUGGCAUCAGAGGGAAUCCUCUGGCUUCAGCUCUCAGCUCGAACCCAUCUCACAUGAAAAACCUGGAUCUGAGCGUGAACAGUUUUGGAGGUCAGGCAGUCACUCAGCUCUCUGGCUUUCUGAAACAUCCUGACUGCCAGCUGGAGAGAUUAUGGCUUUAUAACACAAAACUACAAAAGGACUGUGCUGCAGCUCUGGUCUCGGCUCUGACUUCAAACCCUUCCCAGCUGAGGGAGUUGGAUCUGGGAGGAAACAACCUGGGUGACACCGGAGUGAUGGAGAUCACUGCUCUGCUGAAGGAUCCUAACUGCAAAGUGGAAAUACUGAGACUGGCUGGCUGUCGGUUUACAGACCGCGGCUGUGCUGCACUGGCUUCCAGUCUGAAGUCAAACCCCGCCCACCUGAGAGUUCUGGAUCUGUCAAGAAAUGACCUCCGAGACGAUGGUGUUGAAAACCUUUCUGAGUUCUUGGCAGAGCCACUUUGUCAACUGGAGACACUGAACCUGAAAUGCUGCACGUUAACGGCAGCCUGCUGCCGGUCUUUGACCCUCGCCCUCAGCUGCUCCUCUGCUCUCAAAGAGCUUGACCUGAGCUACAACAACCUGAUGGACCAGGGGGUGAAGCUGCUGUCUGAUUGGCUGAGGAAACCCCAGUGCAGGCUGGAGAUACUGAGGUUGUCGAACUGCACACAGAGCAGCUGUGAGUCUCUGGCCUCGGCUCUGAGGUUGAACCCUUCACACCUCCGAGAACUGGAGCUGAGCAAAAGUAGUCCAGGAGAAUCGGGUCUGCUGUCUGAUCUACUGAAGGACGAACAGCACUCACUGCGGACACUGACGGUGACGGGGUGACCCAGCAUCUGAACAGUGAACACCUGAGUGACACAGAGACUGGACGAGGUUGAUUUACAGUAAAUGUGUGAAUUGGUCCUGGUUUGUCCCUCCCUCAAGCCACAUUCCCACUUCCCCAGACCCCUUCAUUGCCAUUCUCCGUCCUUCCAUCAGAUGCCUCCAGACUCUCUCCCCAGUCGCCUGCCUCACACUUACACCUGCUCACCUGUUUCCACUUUUCCCGGGCCAGUACCGCUCAGUCCUUGUCGGCUUGUCAGUCUUGUUAUGUCGCUCGUAGCCUUUGCAUCCAGCCACCUGUUCCUGCUUGUUACCUGGAUCUGGUAUUUGACCUGUUGCCUGUUCCUGUCCGUUGCCUCUAGUCAUUUCCCUUCAUUCUACCUGCUCGUCUUGUGAGUGUUUGCCUGCAUUUGAGUCCUCGUCCGUCUGUUGCCUGAACUCACCUGUAGCCCUGACAGUUCCUUCUAAUACAAGCGUCUGUCAGUCACACCUAACCUGUUUGGUUCAACGAAACCCGGUACGUUUGCCCAGUUAAUGCGGUUCCUUUGGUUUUGUUUGUUUGUAACUGAUGUGCUGUUUGUAUCCUCUCUGUACGUUAGCAGUUCAUUACAUUCAUGAAAAAGUGUGUGACGCAGCGAUCACGCUGUAAUACUUCUGAAAUGCCUCUGUUUCUACCUGUCUGUCAUUAUUCAUAACAUGCGGUGGAUUUACAGUCUAAUACUGAUAAUCAGCUGUUUCUCUGCGAGCUGUUGUGGGCCGGACAGAAACAACGAGCUGAAAGUCUCUAUAAAGCUCCGUAAAGCCGAGCAGAGCUGCAGAUUCAGCUGAUAACUCGCUAUUAAGAGACACUAACACACUGUAAUUUCAUACAUUAUAAAAAUAUCCAUUAUAGCCACUUUAACUAACACAGACACACUGACACUACAGCUCCUUUAAAAAAAAGCAUCUAAGUCAAAGAAAUCUCCAGCUGUUUGACCUCGGUGAGAUCUUUUAGCCUUUAAAAUGGACACAUUUUGUAUUUAAGAAGUAAAAUAUUGCAUGAAUGGACAAUAUUAAACAAUAACACUGAAUUAGUUCAGAGAUCAGAUAGUCAGAGGCUGCGGAGUAUAAACGUCACAGAUUUAGGACCGAAGGGGAUAAAAGACAAGAAUGCUUCCACAGUGUAAAGUCAGAAGAAACCACCUUUGUCACACUUUAUUUAUUACAGUUGAGACUUUAUUUCUUCCAGCUCAAUAAAACCCUGAGUCGUCUCUUUCACAGAAAGACUGAGAACCUCGUUCUCUUUAAGGACACAAUAAUCCCACUUCCUCUCUCUCUCGAUACCCGAUCAACGUAAGAAGUCGAUAUCAGGGCCGAUACGGUGCCUCUCUUGUCUCCGUAGCAACAAUAAAAUGACAAACUCUUGUAAACAAACAAA